AUGCCUACUUCAACCACUACAGACAGCUUAGCUGAUGUCGGUGAUACACACAAUGCAACUGCUGAACAAGCAAGCAUUGUUGGGAGGCCCAAGCAUCUUCUUAGUGGUUCUUAUGCUGUGGUCAAGAAAGUACUGGCCAGUGAGUUUGCAAAGUAUCUAGCUCUGCAGAUGGUUAUUUUGGCUACUGCACUUGCAUACCAAUGCAUUGGGCUGUGGUGGUUCUAUCCCGAAAAUAUCAAGAUGGUAGUAAACACAGCUACGCCCACCACCUUCUGCUUUGUAGAUGUGGACUAUUGGCCACUAAUGAUCUUGUACAUUGCUAUUGGGUAUGGCACUACUUUAGUACAACCGAUAGUGCUAUUUUCUCUUGGAGUCCUGGAUGUGGCAUCUGAGUACAUAUUCAACCACUAUGAGGUUCCAUAUUCGAAAAGAAAAAUAAUUUUCUGGAAAGCAUUGGGCCUAUUAUUGUUAGUAGUAUGUGCUGUAGCACCUGAAUUAUUUUUCACUGUAUGUGGCGGUAUUAUUGGCAGCCUAGUUUUAUAUGGCAUUGUCAAGCUUGUUUCCUUCAUCACCUCAAAGGUAUCAACAACUCGUCUUAUAAUUUUUGGCAACUGUUUCGUCGCUGCAGUAGCUCUUUUGCUAGCAUAUCUUAUACCUUAUCUUCUGGGAGGUACUCCCAUUACUGAAUACUUCCAAAGGAAUAGAAUGGAUAUUUCUCAAUACGAAAAGUUUUUUGCCGAGUUCGAUGUUGACAUUUCAAGGGUGUUUGUUGUAGAUAGUAUUUCUAACAAGGCGUCUAGCAAUGCUGUUCCAUUCAAGUCCAUGAUGAGCAUUAUAAUUAGCAAGGAUACUAUCCAGAACAACAGCUUUGAGGCAAUCAAAGCUAUGCUGUUGCAUGAGAUAGGACGUGCAAGACACUUUGAUCUCUUAUAUAUCUACGUUGUACCCUACAUUAUUGCAUCCCUAGCAAUGUGCUUUCUGGUGAAGAGGAUUGGAAAGGAGAAGAACAAGUCUGCACUAAAGCAUUUUGUGACAGUGAGCGCCAAGAUCUCAUUAUUUUUCCUCAUCGCUACCCUGGCUGGCAAUUUCAUUGCAAAUAUCUGUGUGUUUAAUGCAGACAGGUUUGCAUGCUCAUAUGCAGAAUCAUGUGCCGAUCUAUCUCAGAAGCUUUUAGAAAUAACUAAGAAUAACAAAGCCCUAACAUACUACUACCCACCAUUCUCAUUACUGUUCGACCAUCCCUCUAACUUCCACAGGCUGAGGCAGAAUAACUACAUGGUCAACGGAAGCGUAGAAAUGACGCCUGCGCUAGAUGGCUGUCCCUUCUAG